UUUUUUUUCUAUUUCAACAGAUAGUGAGGAAGAUUUUUUUCUUGUCACUUUAUAAUUGUUUGGAAAAUAAUCGAGUUAUCUGAAUCUAAUAUGCAAGUCUUUGUCAAGUCUCUCCAAGGAAACACUCUUGCCCUUGAUGUUUCCACCAACUCUUCUGUUGCUGCUGUCAAGGCCAUGAUCCAAGAACGUGAAGGUCUCCCUGUUGACGCUCAACUCUUGUCCUUUGCCGGUAAGCCUCUUGUUGAUGGUGAACUUGCCCUUUACGGCAUUGCCAACAACAACACCUUGAACCUCAACGCUGAACUUCUCGGUGGUGACUUACACUACCCCAAGAAGAUCAAGCACAAGCGUACUAAGGUCAAGUUGGCUAUUCUCAAGUACUACAAGGUAGAUGAAUCUGGUAAGGUCACUCGUCUCCGUCGUGAAUGUCCCAAUGCCACCUGUGGUGCUGGUGUGUUCAUGGCCAAGCACAAGGAUCGUCAAUACUGUGGCAAGUGUCACUUGACUUAUGUCUUCCAAAAGGGUGAAAGUGCUUAA